CAGAUGGCGUGAUGGAUGUCUCUGCCGCUGUGGUUGCACCGCAUCACAGUAGUAAUCGACUGAUAUGCGCCGUGGUCAGCCUGCUAGUCCAGUAUGCGACACGCCGCCGGCCAAGAUGUCCCCCCAAAGGAUAUAGCACACGACAUGAUAUCUGUGAAGCGACGGGGCCAGGUGUGGUUGAUGAAGUUGGAGAGAAGUGGACAAACAAGCACGAGAGGCGCACAAAGAAGUUCUAAAUGGACUUUCUGAAGCGCCAAGCAAAUUAAACCUUCGCCUCGCUUUUAAUAUGAAGGAUGAGCAAUACGAGUCAAAAACAUGUUGUGACCAGCAUUGAUUACCACGGGCGAUACGACCGGUUGUUGGGACCAGCAUUGCUGAGUUGAUUCAUAAGCACCGUUCAGAGACGAGAAGAGAGAGAGAAGUGCUCAAGUAAGGAGGUAAUGAAGAAGAAGAUGAAGAAGAAGAAGAAGAA